CCGCGGGGCGGCGCGGCUUCACUCGGCCGGACGACCCGGCGCAGCGGCCCGCAGCGCGACACUCCUCCGGAGGAUGGGGCGCAUCAGCAGCGGCACCAGCUGAACUCCGCGGACCCGCACCGGGGCCCGAGGGGACACGACCGCUCGCUCUUUGGGUCACUUUUUCACUUUCUUUUCGCUGUUUACGGUCUUUUCGUUGGAUUUACACCCCCCCCCCCCCUACUACCACCCCCCCGCUGGGAGGCGCGCGCAACCGACAUGCCGUUCGCCAAGCGACUCGUGGAGCCCCGGUCGCUCUGCAGGCGUCCACCCGCCGACGAGGAGGCGCCGCCGGCCGAGGACCUGGUCUCCGUGAGUAACGUGGCUCUGUCCCGGACCCUGCGGCAGCUGUCGGACCUGGCCCGGCACGCGUGCUCCGUGUUCCAGGAGCUGGAGGACGAGCUGGCCGACACCGGCCUGCGGGUCCGCGGGCUGCAGGGCCGCAUCUCCGGGCUGCAGGAGGGCUGCGCCGCGCUGGACCCCAAGCAGGAGGCAGUGCCGGUGUCCGACCUGGACGUGGAGAGCAAGCUGACGUCACACUACCGAUCCCCGUGGCUGCUGCAGAGGAACGCCUUCCGGCCCUCCACCCGUCCGCCAUGUGUGGCGGACCUCCACAGGCAGGCCAGCCUCAGUCUGUGGGCCCCCCACCGAGGUCACCAGAGGAGACGGUCGGGCAGCAGAGAGCGCAGAGUCACCAUCGCCAUGCCGGCGUCGCCCCCCUCCCCCGUCGCCCGGCAACGCAGCGUCACGGAUCUCUCCGCGUUCGAAUCCACCCGCUCCUCCUCCCCCACCGAAUGCUGCCGCUUUUCUCCCUGGAGCAGAAAGGCCGUGACCUUUGACCCCGACUCCGACGAGGUGGCCCUGGGCCACCGGCCCAAGUUCCCUGUCCCCAACACCCCCUCCACCCUGGACAAGCAGACCAACUGGUCCAGAGCGCUGCCGCUGCCCACCCCCGAGGAGCGGAUGAAAAGCAGCUCGCAGGUCGUCAGCUCGUGCCUCAUCCCCAUCAACGUGACGGGCGUCGGCUUCGACAGAGACGCCAGUGUGCGCUGCUCGCUGGUCCACUCGCAGUCGGUGCUCCAGAGGAAGAGGAAGCUGCGGAGGAGGAGGACGGUCGCCGGCGUCCCCCGGCAGGUGCAGCGAGAUCCGGACUCCGACGACUCCCCCGGCUCCAGAGAGCGCGCGGCGAUCGUUCGCGGCCCGGGCGCCGCGACCCACGGCGAGGAGCUGGACGCCCACCUCGGCACCCGAGACUCCGGCUGCCAGACCGAAGACUUCCUGAUCUCGGGAGCCCCGUCUCGGAGGAGGGUCCGGUCCCAGAGGGGCCAGGCCGUCGCCCUCUCCCACUCGGCGGGCGACAUCCUGUUGCUGUCGGCAGACGCCGACGCCAUGAUCCACGGGCCCGUGGGCGGGCGCCUGCGCACCCGCAGUCUGCCCCGGGACGGCGCUAGGGCGGUGCGGGACGGACACAGCGAGGAGGAGGACGAGGAGGAGGAGGAGGACUUCGCGGAGGACUUCCUGCCCGGACCCGGGGAGCUGAUCCUGGCGGACGGAGGGGAGGGCUCUAACCACCGGGCCGCCUCCGACCGCCAGCUGGGCCUGAAGUACAAGCAGCUGGCGGAGAGCCCGGAGCGCGGCUGGAUGGAGAGGACCAGGAAGGCCGGCAUGGGCAGCUGCGAGAUCUCGUCCAGCUCGGACACCUUCAGCAGCCCCGUCCACUCCGUCUCGGCCGCGGGAGUCCAGCUGGACCACAAGGACGACCACCAGUCCUCCAGCGGGAACUGGAGCGGCAGCAGCUCCACCUGCCCCUCGCAGACCUCGGAGACGAUCGCCCCCGCGGCCUCGCCGCCGCUGACGGGCUCCUCGCACUGCGACUCCGAGCUCUCGCUGAACGCCGGCUUCCUGCUGGACCACCUCCAGGGUCUCCGGACCCAGCGGGCGGGCUCCUUCUCCUCCGCCGCCAUGGACAUACUGGAGGAGGCCGGGGACGGCGCCGCCAUGGAGGGCGACUGGAGCUACCCGGACGCGGGGCCCCGGCGGCCCCGGGACUUCAGCCCCGAGCCGGGCCGCGACGCGGAGAGCAGCCUGGGCUGCCCCAGCUUCACCAGCAUGGCCACCUGCGAGAGCAGCUUCUCCGACAGGCCGCCGUCGGAGAAGGCGGACGCCGUCUCGCACUACUCCGUGGACACCGAGGGCUACUUCACCUCCAUGCACUUUGACUGCGGCAUCAAGGGAAGCCGCAGCUUCUCCUACGGCUGCGCGACCCCCGGCUCCGACUCGGACUUCGGCGGCCACGCCAGCCUGGGGAGGCGCUGCCUCUCCUUGAGGAAGCCGAAGGCGAAGCCGUGUCCGCCGAAGAGGAGCUCGUCCUUGAGGAAGCUCUGCGGCGGCGGACGCGCCCUCGACCGGGCGGAACCGAGGGCGUCCUCCAGGGAGCGGAGGCUGCAGCUGGCGCUGUCCGACCCCUCGCUCGUCAGAGAGCCCCUGGAGGUCUGGGGCGUCGGGGGCUCGGCCGACCCGCCCGACCUGGGGGUCUUCGGCGGCACGGACGCGCGGUCGUUCAAGGACGAGGGCGCGGUGCAGUCGGACUACGCCGACCUGUGGCUCCUGAACGAUUUGAAGUCCAGCGACCCGUACCGGUCGCUGUCCAACUCCAGCACGGCCACGGGCACCACCGUCAUCGAGUGCGUCAAGGCGCAGGAGAGCUCCGAGUCGCAGGCCUCCCGCCCCACCUCCCCUUCCCCCCCCUCGACGGAGGGGGACCUGAAGCUGGCGGGCCUGGCCAGCCCGUCCAGCGGGUACUCCAGCCAGUCGGAGACGCCGACCUCCUCCGUCCCCGGCGCCUUCUUCCCCCGGCCGCCGUCGCCGGCCAGCGGCAGGAGGAAGCCGAAGGUCCCCGAGAGGAAGUCGUCUCUCUCGGCGGUGUCGCUGCAGCCGCCGCCCCCCCCGCCCCCCUCCUCCGGCAGGGACCUGGAGCUGCCCAUAAUCCCCCCCUCCCACCUCGACUUGACUGUCAAGUCACCGGCCUGCAGGGCCCCGAUUCAAAUGCCGCAGCAAAACAAGCACAGAGCCCCGGUGUCGCCCGGACCCGCCCCCCCCAUGCUCAUCACAGCCACGGCGCUGCACUCGGUCCGGCUCCGACCCGUCGGCAAGGGCCGCGGGGGGCGCCGCGAGGACGGAGCCGAGGACUCGACCGACGCACUCAGGAGCCCCUGGCGCCUUUGCCGCCCGCCCUCCGAGGGCUCGUGUGAAUCCGCGUUCACCUCCAACGAAGAGCUCUCGGGCGGAGAGGGUCACGGCGAGGCGAGGGGGGGGCGGGAUGAGGAGGCCUCGACAGAGGCGAUGUCUGGGCCGCGGCCGGAGGAGGAGGAGGAGGAAGUCAACGGAUAUGCAGGAGAGACGGAUGAAACACCCGAGGCUUCACAGCUGCAAGGGAGUGAAGAAGCAGAAGAAGGAGAAGCAGCAUCUCUAUCUCACGAAGUUCCCGCAACUGAGGGCCAAUCAGACGCCCCGGAAAGGAGUCCAACCGGCGAUGAAGGCAGCGUAGAGGAGGAAGAGCGUGAGUCGGCCCAAAGCUCCUCUCGGGGCUCCACAGGCGGGGACGAGGAGCGCUUCAGCAAAGACUCCACGUCCUGCGCGGCGUCUCCCUCCAGUGACGACUCCGUGUUUCUGUCCCCCGCCAAGGCUCGGACCACCGAGGACCUGUUCGCCAUGAUUCACAGGUCCAAAAGGAAAGUGUUGGGCAGGAAGGAUUCCGCCGAGCACACGGCGAGGAACCGCCUCGGUGCCGCGUCGGGGUCCACGCCGCCCGGCAGCACCGGAGGCUCCCCGGUCCCUCCGGUGUCGCCCCCCUCCUCCUCCUCCUCGCCCUCCUCUCCCGCCGCCGCCCUGACCCCGCCGAGCCUACACCGGGUCUCCGGACCCAUCUACAGGAGCGCCAAGAGGUCCAGCACCUCCAACGAGGAGUUCAAGCUGCUGCUGCUGAAGAAGGGCAGCCGCUCCGAGUCGAGCUACCGCAUGUCGGCCGCGGAGAUCCUCAAAAGUCCCGUCGCUCCCAAGUCCGCGCCGGACUCCCCGGCGGAGUCGCCGGGGCCCAGCACCGACCCCGACUCGCCCCCGCGUCGGCAGAACCAGUCGGGUCCGGAUCGUCUCUCCAGCCCUUACCCCGGGGCCAACGCCGAGGGCUUCUCCCCGAAAACCUUCGCCCUGUCCCCCGCCUCCAGGCAGAGCCGCCCCAGAAUCCCGCCGCCCGCCAGCAGCAGCCGCUACAGCGCCCGCGGGCGACUGUACCCGGCGCCCAUGCAGGCCAUCUCCGAGGGCGAGGCGGAGAACUCGGACGGAAGUCCUCACGACGACCGCUCGCCACAGAGCUCCACGUAGGGAAAAGCAGACGAGUCGCGAGGUAUGAGAUUUAGUUUACAAUGAACACAAACGGACCAGAAUGAGUUCUAAUAUAUAUUUAAUAAGUGUUUAUAAAUAAUCCUAAUUUGACUAAUCAUGGCUGGUUUUUGUAGAUGUUUUUUGAUUAUUCUUUAAAACUAUUUUAUACACAGUUUGUCUAAAAACUACCCUUGUGAUGUGCACACUCUGCAGUAAGGUAACUUGGGUUCAAUUGCAGCUGCAUUCUGUAGAAAAAUAAGGAUUGAUGAGUACGAAUGAAAAGCAAAAUGUGCUUAUGUCAGAGUCCUGCACGGGUCAGAUCAUAAAAACAAAUCAACAUCCACAGCCGGAAAAAGCAAAUCCUAAAUGAAUAAUAAAAUAACUUCAUACACGUGAGGCUCAGAUAUUAUAUUUUACAACAAAGGCCGGCUGCUUAGCUAGCUAGCUACGGAACAGUUAACUACUGAGCUCAGUCUACAUUAAUGUUAACAUUUAACUUCUUGCUAACUAGCCGUUUUCCUGUUAAAUACUUUAUGCUAAUGGGAAGUGAUAACACAUAUCGCUAGCCUGUUUUGGUAAUAAAAAAAACAGUAUAAAUUCUAUAAAUAUGUGUUCACAUGCGACAGAUUCAUGUGCAUGCUAGCAUUUAGCAUAGGUACCAGCUACGUGUAUGCUAACAUUUAGCAUCGGUACCAGCUAUGUGUAUUGCUAGCAUUUAGCAUAGGUACCAGCUACGUGUAUGCUAGCAUUUAGCAUAAGUGCUAGCUAUGUGAAUGCUAGCAAUUAGCAUAAGUACAUACAUAGCACAUACACCUGCGAUCCUGGUUUUGAGUUUUGCGCAGUACGGAAAUAAAAUCAAGACAAAGUCUGACCCGUUGCAGGAUUUUUAUUGAGUUAGUUUAUGGCACAUUAGCUCUAAAGUCUUCCUUAAAUCUUACUACAGCAUAUUAAAGUUCCACCUGCUGUCAUAUUCUCAGAGCUUUUAUCUUGUACAACUAGAAGUAUAUUGAAUUUGUAACAGUAUGUAUUCUGUGAAUACAUUAGACUCGCACAAUUCCACUAAUCAUUUUCAUACUCCCCAAACGAUUGUCAGGAAAACUAAAUGUGAAAGCCUCGAUACAUCUACUCACACAGAUUGUAUAUUCAACUUUUAAAAGCGUAUUGUAAAUUAAAUCAAAGAUGUCACGCUAUUACGAUAUUUUAAUAAAUUCUCAUGCAAUAAGAAAACCAAGGCCUAAAACACAGGAAGCACUAACUUGACAAUCGUAGCAGGUGGCCAAGUGUUAACAGAGGAGGGCGAAAAAGUGAUCAAAAGGUCUGAGGUUGUGAAGCCGAGAGCUGCAGAAGAACAAAGAGGUCAUGUGUUUGUUUGUGGUUUGCUCGCUCGGUGUGUUCGUGAAUUGUCGAUGGAGGCGAGUGGGAAGUGUUCAGGGGGAUCAGAUCUGCCUUUUAUUCCACUCUCGGGCCAUUAGUGGCCUGUGUGAGGUUUCUGGGGGUUUUACGGAGGACGUCAGGAGUUCAACGUGGAGCUGGUUGAUCAUCUGUGAUGAAACAGAAGCAAGUCCUGGAUUUAGAGACGUGGUUUUAUUCCCCAUCAAAAUACAACGAGCCCUGCUUUCUGUGUGCCAACAAUCAGAAGAUGUUUAUUUUUAUAACUAACACAGAAAAUCCCUCUUGGUUGUUGGAUGAACUCCUUUAAUGCAAUGAAAUGCUGGUUUUAUUAAUAAGGUAUUUUAUUCAGAUAGUUAUUUUCAAAUCAGAAACUUGUUGCAGAGACUAAGAGGCCAAGAACGACUCUACCGACAUAUUUUAUAUUCUUUUUAGGUCACAAGUUAAUUGUAUUGUUAUCUCAAGAAAACAAACUUUGUACAAAUGAAAGAUGUUUGAUGAGCAAAAUAUCCGUAUUAAUAGAUGAAUGAAGCCAAUCAGCUGACACUAAAAAGUAAAUUAUCAAAAGAUUCUAUGUACUAUAUAUAAAGCCUAUAUAUAUAUUUAGAUAGCUAGCAACAGACAGGUUUAUUUAAAACAUGGUUUUCACAAAGGAUACAGAUGAAAUGCGUAUAUAGAAAUUAGAUUUCUUGGACAAUAUUUAAAGAAGCACAAACAAAAAGAAAAUAGCAAUUUCUUUAUUAGAUUUUUGUGUAUUUCAUCAUGUGGUCGCUUACUGCUAUUUAUCCAUUUGGAUACUAUCUGAAAAAGUCUGUCGAAUGAUGUCAGUAAAUCACAGGUUAAAGUUUCAUCUGCGUCAUAAGAUUUCAGAGGAAACAACAUUUUCUCACGAUCUCGUCUCGUUUUUUUUCCCUCGAUGAGGAAAAAAAGUUAACUUGUGAUCUCGAGAUAACGCCGUUAAAAAGAACGAAAAAAAAAAACACUCUCGCUGCACCGAGCUGCUGGUCGAUGGCGUUGAAAGGAGGUCGUCGGCUACACGUGUGUUUCUGGCGCCGCCGGUACUCCGUCACCAUGGAGACGAGGGCGCUCCCUGUAAACACUGCGCUCCUCUCUGGCUCCACCCACGACGCCAUUCCGAACGGUUCCUUCAUCCUCUUCUUUUUGCACUGAUGAAGUGACGUUUGCAGGAGAUGCGUCCGUCUCUCGCUGCACCCGCAGAUAUUUAUAGAGCUGUUCUAAUAAUAUCUCCAGACUGGAAGGAGGCUUUUAGUGACUCGUUUGCAACAACACUCCAGAAGAAGGACGUCGGGUACUUUGUGCUUCUGUUGGCUAUCCGCUUUGUCUUAUUUUCUUUCUUUUUUUUUUUGUACAAAUUUGUGAAUACAAUACUUUUUGGAAAUGUCACAAAGUUUGAAUUGUUUCUUAUGUAAAAAAAAAAAAAAAAAGAAAAAAACAUGUUUUCAAAGUUUACAUUGAUUUCCAACCUCUGUAUAUUUUUGAGCUGUGGAACACUUGGUCUUGUAUUUAUUUUUUAGGGAGCAUUGUGGGAAUCCCAAAUUAAAUCCUAUCGAAGCCGAGCGCUAGCAAAUGUGUAAAAGAAGAUGAAUAAAUGUGACUGCCUUGAAAAUGA